UGAGCCAUGUUGUUGCCAUAGUGAUGAGCAAAGGACGUGACCACAUUUGUUGAAAACAAAAAAUAUGUACAUUUGAUGACUUGUUCUUAAACAUUAAAGGGUUAAGACCUCGAUAUUUAAUUCGCCUCACUCAAUGAAUACAUUUUCUAACUGUAUAUCUUUUAUAUUGCAUUGCAUUAUAUAUUUUACACAUGCGCACUGAAAGGGCGUGGCUUCCCUUUAAGGCCACUCAUUGGUUGUUGAAUUUGUGACGCGCACACGCGCGCACAUGUGAGUGAAAAGAAACAUUUCUGCUGAAUUAAGGAAAACGUUAGAUAUGCGCUUACAUUCAAAAUAAAAGACGAUGGACACUCGUCUGUUGACUUUAGGCCAAUAAUCCAAUUUAAGUGAUUUCAAAUAGUAUUAAAAUCUAACUAAAACCUACGUAUUAUUCCUUCGCUCUAAAAUAUCAGCUUUUGAUGACAAAAAAUUAUUCGACUGGUUGGAAGAGAUGGUUUUACCGCGGAAGAGCUAAACCGGAAGCACAUUGUCAUCUUCCUCCCGCUAGCUUGUUGGGUAGGCACCGACAUUCACUCGCGGCCAGAGGCUGCCUCACAGUGCGUCGCUCGCGGGGAUGGAGGACGAUCCAGCGGGGCCGUGAAGAAGGCGUAUCCGGCGCACGGGACGUUCGAGUCCAAAUCUGAGCACAUCUCGAAGCAGCAUUGUGUCUGCCAGCCGUCGUCGUCAUGACACCAGCCCCGCACUGAGAGCCUCUCCUCGGUGGGUUGGCAUGGCCCAGUGAUGAACGGAGCAGCGGUGCCCGGUAGCCCGGAACUCUCUUCCUCGUGCCCACUGCCCGACUGGCGAGAGUUCUGCGAACUCCAUGCCCGAGCCUCGGCUGCAGACUUUGCUGACAAGUUCCAGCGCUUCCUUUCAGAAAACCCAUGCUACGACUCACCUGGGGCUGAUGCCAGCUUCUCGCAACACUUUGCCCAACAUUUCCUGGAGUGUUUUUCGGCAGCUCUGAGCCAGGCCAGGGAAAACCGGGCAUCCUCGCCGGGGGAGGACGGCUUCAACGUCGCGCCCAAGUACAGCAUCGUUCCCUUCCUGGGGAUACAGGGCUGUCCCUUAUCCUACAGCCACGAGCUCUAUCAGAGACGCAAGGAAGCCGGUGCUUCCAGCGAAUCUCUGGACAGCAUGGACAGCGGAGGGGGCGGGAUGGAAGGUGGAGGAGGCAGCACCACGGCUGGUGCCCGGGGCCCUCAGCCCACACACAAGGUGUCUGCCUUAGGUCAGUCCCGGAGUUCCGAGGACGUGUCGGUGAGCCAUCCCAAAGCUCGCUUCAAGAAGGGCUUUUCGCUGAGGAACAUGAGCCUGUGCGUAGUGGACGGGGUGAAAGAAAUGUGGCAUCGCCGCGCUUCCCCCGAGCCAGAUGGUCCCGCCGCAGCCAGGAAGCCUAACGGGACUGGCGGCGGAGGAGGAUCUGCUGGAAGUGAGACGACGACUGGAGCGGUGGGAGAGAGGUGGUCCCAAAAGCUGCGACUACCCAGAGGGUCCCAGGGGCACAAGGCCGAGAUGCUGGAGAUCCAGAGGGAAGGGGCCCUCAGGUACAUGGUGGCUGACGACACCAACUGCAUGGGCGCCGCGCAGUGGCAGAAGUGCCGCCUGUUGCUGAGGAAGAGCAAGAGGGAGGAAGGGUCCGAGAGAUUCCUGCUGGAGUUCUAUGUGCCACCGAAGUCUUCAAAAGCGAAGGUGAGCAUCCCCUUGACUGCCAUUGUUGAGGUGAGGACCACCAUGCCUCUGGAGAUGCCUGACAAAGACAAUACUUUUGUCUUAAAGGUGGAGAAUGGGGGCGAAUACAUCCUGGAAACGAUCGACUCGCUGCAGAAAAACUCCUGGGUCGCUGACAUCCAAGACUGCAUAGACCCCGGGGACAGCGGCGACGACAUCGAGCUGGCGUCGUGUCCUCACGGUCAGGCCUCAGCCAAAGACUGCUCCAUGGUGGCCUCCUGCAGCUGCGAGCUGCUUUCUGAGGGUGUGUACCGAGCGCCGGAGAGGUUAUGUCCAGCAGCGGCAGAGCAUUGCAGUGCCCCCUCAGUGCGUUGCAGGGAACCCCCCUUCACCCAGCAUCCAUCCCACAUGCCUUUAGAGCGCUUCCUUCAGUCUCCAGAGGCCCAGGGCUCCAAUACUGCAGCAGGUAGCAGCGAGGCAUUGAAGGACUGUGACGGCGACGCAAGCCUUACCGGUUACCCGUGGUUCCAUGGGACGCUGUCACGCGUCCGUGCAGCGCAGCUAGUGCUGGCGGGAGGGGCCAGGAGCCACGGGCUUUUUGUGAUCCGCCAAAGUGAAACGCGGCCCGGCGAAUAUGUUCUUACCUUCAAUUUCCAGGGCAAAGCCAAGCAUCUCCGUUUGUCGGUCAACGACAACGGGCAGUGCCACGUCCACCAUUUGUGGUUUCACACUGUGUCAGACAUGCUGAGGCAUUUCCACGCUCACCCCAUCCCGCUGGAGUCUGGGGGCUCGGCAGACAUCACGCUACGUUCCUACGUUCAAGUGCAGAGGAGCGCAGACUUGAGCGCAUCUCCCCUCGUCACCCCGCCAAGGGGAGAAGCAAGCUGCCGCCCGGACUCCGCCCAGCCGGCUCUUCACCUUCCCGGGAUCUCGCCCUCCUCCGGGCCACCCGCCGACGCCCCCCUCUCCUCGAGUACCUCCUCCUCACCCACUGCCCUCCCACCGCUCUCCCGCAGCGACCCGGGCACCGGCGGGGGCUUGCAGAGCCGCAGCAACAGCUCGGAGCGCCUGCUGGAGGCCUCAAGCGGCGCGUCCGAGGACUACCAAGACGCUGACGGGACCCGACGGGCUCGAGCCGUGGAGAACCAGUACUCUUUCUACUGAGUGAGCCCAGGGCCCGGCUCAGCUCCCAGAUGAGACGAUAGGCAGUCAGGCGGCGGAAAUGCUCUGAAACCGCCGCUUUGUUUGUUUGUGUUUCAACGGCAAUUUCCUGUUUCUCUUGAUUUGAGAGGGGCGGCGAUGCCGCCAGACUGCGCAGCUGUGCUUUGCACCGUCAAAGCGUGAAGAGGCGUGACAAAGGGCUACAUGUGGAGGACACUCGCAGAGGGGCCUGGAUGAAGGAAGUAAGAGCGGCGAGGAUGUGUGUAGGCAGGAAGUCAUCCCCCCUAGACUCAUAUGGCUUUGAUUCAGCUCAUCCGACCACUUCCUCGUUGACACCCGAGUUUGAAACGAGCCCGAAGUGAGGCUCCAGUUCAUGUUUGGAAAGCUGCUUUGAGUCCAUCUGGGGAAUCUUCCACGCUUCCCCCGAGGAGUCUGAGCUCGGAGUCCGCUGCGCGCGUACGGUACAUUCUGAGUCCGAACAACGGAAGAGGACGGGUGCCAAGAAAGGCUUAUGCUGCAUUUGAGAAAACAGGGAAGUUGGAUGUUUUUGAGCUGGGCUUUUUCUAUUUAUUGUCAAAAGCGGGAUACACGCAUACUGUAUCCAUUUUUUAACAUCUUGAGCAGUUUUACAAAUUCAGCGACCCCCACACAUGGUGAGCAAAAAAAAAAAAAAGAAAAAAAAAAAAACAAAGGCUCGCACGGUGAAAGAGUGGGUAGCUCAUCUGCCCCGCAGCGCUGAGGUUCAGGGUCCCAUAAUGUAUUUUUUUUAUUUUAAUUUUUAAUGUUGCAUAGUCGUCUCAAUCUAUUUUCUCACGGAUAAAACCACUGUUACUGAAUAAUGAUAUGACUCUAGUAAAAGUAAAAAGUAGUCCUCCAAAUAAUUACGGAAGUAUUCAGUGGAAAAAAAAAAAAUCCUUCUGACUACUGCCCGACCAGUGUGUGAAUAACUUCUGAUUACUUUUUCAAAUCGAAGCAUGGACGUCAAAUUAACGAAAAUUUAAAUUACGAAUGUGCAAAUUCUGAUAUUGCCCAAAAGUAACCCUUUCACUAAAACAGAUAAAAUUAUAGAGUACAAAAAUCAAAGAAAAUUUAACUACAAAAAAAGAA